AUGGCCGAGGCAGUACCGAUAUUUGGCAAGCCCUGGGACACCGUGCAGCCGGCGCUGAGCCAGCCAAUUCUGGAUGCCGUAUCGAGCUACGGGUUUGACUAUAUGACGCCGGUGCAGGAGGCCACGAUCCCAGUAUUCUUGCAGAACCACGACGUGGUGGUCGAGGCAGCGACAGGAUCGGGCAAGACCCUGGCGUUUGUGAUUCCGAUUCUCGAGCUGCUGCUGCGCAAGAAGCUGAAGCUCGGCCACAGCGAGAUCGGGGCAGUGAUCAUCUCGCCGACGCGCGAGCUAGCCAAGCAGAUCCACACAGUGCUUGGCGAAAUUCUGCUGGCCACAGGCAUCAAUUACAAGUCGCACCUGGUGGUGGGCGGGUCGUCGUCGGCCACAAACACGGCAGACGAGCUGGCCAUGCUGAAGGAGAUCGGGCCGGAUAUUCUGGUGGGCACACCCGGGCGCCUCGAGGACGUGAUCUGUGGACGCCUGAAGCACGGGAAAAAGACAAAUGUGUCGGUGAAGAAGCUUGAGCUUCUGGUCAUGGACGAGGCUGACCGCUUGCUCGACAUGGGCUUUGAGGCGUCGCUGACGGCUAUUUUUUCGGUUCUCCCACGCCAGCGCCGCACCGGCUUGUUCUCCGCGACCAUGAGCGAGGCGCUGAGCGAGCUGGUGCGCACCGGUCUACGCAAUCCGGUCCGCGUGCAGGUGAAGGUGCAGGAUAAGGAUGGCAACGGCGACGAGCGCCGUAUUCCCUCGACAUUAUCGAUCCAGUACCUUGUUUGCCCGCCCGACCGCAAAAUUGCCCAGAUCCUGCGACACAUUCAGAUGAACAGUGCACAAAAGUACAUUAUCUACUUCAGCACCUGUGCUGCCGUCGACUAUUUCCAGAAGCUGCUGCGGCGGCUGCUGUCGCCGACUGCGCAGAUCUAUUUUAAAGUCGACUUCCCGGUCUCGGUGUUUUCGCUUCACGGCCAGAUGAUCCAGAAGAAGCGCGAGGCAACAUACGACGGGUUCUCGCAGCUGCCCCCCGGCGAGACUGGCAUUCUGCUAUGCACAGACGUGGCCAGUCGCGGCCUGGAUAUCCCCGAUGUCGACUGCGUCAUCCAGUGGGACCCGCCAACCGAUCCCAAAUCGUUUGCGCACAGAUGCGGGCGCACAGCCAGAGCCGGUCGUAGUGGCCAGGCGCUGGUGUUUCUGAAUCCGGGCAGCGAAGAGGCGUAUGUGGAUUUCCUGGCUCUGCGCAAGGUUCCUAUGGUGCCUGCCAGGUACUUGUGGCAGGACGAUGAGGGAAACACGUCUGCGCUCAAAAUCCAGUUCCCGCAGGACUCACGCAGCGACGAGCUGCUCGAGUUUCUGCGCUCACUGUCGGCCACUGACCGCGAAAUCUAUGACCGCGGCAAAAUGGCAUUCGUUUCAUUUGUACAGUCGUAUCUGAAGCACGAGGCCAAGUUUAUCUUCCGGCUCAAGGAGCUCGCCAUCAUCGAGGUGGCCAAGGGGUAUGCGCUCCUGCACCUUCCCAGCAUGCCCGAGCUGCGUGGCCGGCCUACUGGCCGGUUUGUGAAGUACGAGGCCGACUAUGACGCGAUUCCGUUCAUGGACAGUGUGCGUGAGAAGCGCAGGCUUGAGAAGCUGGAAAUCGCAAAGGCCGAAAAGAAGCGCCAGGCGGAGAGCGGCGAAUCGCUGUCGAAGAGGAAGAAGCAGAAGAAAAGCAACGAGGCGUGGUCCGAUGCCAAGGAGCUCAAGGAGCGCGUCAAGGAGCGCAAGCUGAAGCGGAUCAAGAAACGCGAUGCCAAGCACGCCGACGAGGAGGCCCGGCUGAUGGCGGCCAUCAGCGACCCCAAACUGAAGGAGGCGCUGGAGAACGACCCGCUGCUGGCCAAACGCAUGCUCAGCCACCGCGACAAGUCGCUCAAGGAUAUGGUGGAAAUGUCGACCGAGCGCAUCAAGCAUACAAAGAAGGUCGAGCACAUGACGCUGGAGGAGGUCAUUGCCGAUGCCAAGGCGAAGCAGCGCAUGCAGUAUAAUAGCUCAUCGGACUCGAGCUCGGCCGAGGAGGACGACUGGGAGAUGGUUGCGCGCAAGGAGAAGGUCAGGCAGCGGCUGCUCAAGGAGGCGCAGAAGAAGAAAACAAAGUUUUCCUUUGAUCCCGGCUUCUCGGACGGCGAGGAAGAGAUGUAG